AUGAGAAAGCAAAUGUCAGCUCGACAGCUUUAUGCAUUUGGUUAUGGACGUGAUGGGCAGUUGUGUCACAGGUUGGCUACAGAUGGUGACGACGGCAGCUUCGUAAAAACGCCGCGAAUGAUUAUUGGAGCUCCAACAGGCCCCUCUGGAGUGACAGUAAAGGCUGUCGCAUCUGGUGAAAAGCAUACUCUUCUUUUGGCCGAUGACGGUAAGGUGUGGUCUUGUGGAAGCAAUGAGUAUGGUGAAUUAGGGCGCGGUGGAGCUAAAGAAGGUUCUUUUACUAUUUGUCCAAUACUGUUGUCUGUUGGAACAACAAUAGUUCAGAUAGCGGCGGGGAGAUCUCACAGCAUGGCUGUAUCAGAUGAUGGAAGACUUUUUGCUUGGGGCAAUAAUUCUUCUGGGCAGUUAGGGUUACCGGAAAAAACAUCCUAUUCGGACACUCCAAAACGUGUGAGGUUGACCGAAACCGUGCAAGUUGCUUGUGGAGCAGAAAACACUAUCACAAUUAUUGAGAGUGGACGCAUAUUUGUUUGGGGACGACAACCCGAUGGACGAGUAUUAUUUGUUCCUAAGGAAAUUGAAUACUUCAUGGCAAUACCGAUUGUUCAAGUGAGCGCCGGUAGUGAACAUUUUGUUGCUUUGUCUGCUAGCGGGGCAGUGUUCUCGUGGGGGAAGAAUGAUUAUGGACAACUUGGGCAGUCAGACAAUCAAGUCCGUGAUUACCCGAAAGAAAUCGAAACUUUACAACUGAAUGUCGUUAACAUUGAAUGCGGCGGUUUUCAUACAGUAGCUCUUACUUACGAAGGACGAUUAUUCGUCUGUGGUGAUGACUCUUUCGGGCAACUUGGUGAUGGAAGAAAAUAUCAGAGUCGCAGCUCAAUGAAUGCGGUUACCGAUAUGUUAGGGACUCAUGUUACUCAAGUAACUUGUGGAAGGUGUCACACUAUUGCCUUAGCAGAUGGGAAACUUUACACGUUUGGUUUGAACAGUAGUGGCCAGUUGGGUACGGGAAAUACACGCAAUCAGAUCACGCCUAGGCCUGUUGAUUCGCUUAAUAACAUUGCAUCUGUGUUUGCCGGCUGGGACCAAAGUUUCUGUAUCCAGGCGAAGCAUAUUGAUGAAAUAUCGUCAGGACCCAGUUGCUUUUUGCAAACUCCAAAAUUCCUUUCUUUACGACGAGUACGUGAAAUAUUUUCUACCGGUGAAAAACUUCAUAUAAUUGGGGAGUUGGAAUCAGUGUUUUCGUCGCUAGCUUCUCUGAAUGGUUCUUUUUUGCUGCACGGCGAAAAAAGGUUUCGGUGUGGUCCUUCGAAUAGUUGUGUAGAUAUGGAUGGGUUGGCUCUUGCAAGUCGAAUAAUUGCUGAUAAUCCAGAUGCAGAACAGUAUGCCGAAUUAAUUGUAAACACUUUGGAUACAUGUGGUGUUUGGGAUAUACCUUGGGACAAGCCACUGCCUUGUGAAGCUAUUCGCAUUUUUCUUAUUAUACCAUCACUUUACUUUUUUUCUUCACCGUCGUAUGAGCUCAUGAAGUCAUUCCACCUACGCUUUGUGCGCGCCCUUCAGUUGCUGUGCAAGAGAAAUUACCGCAUAUUAGCGAAGUGGUGGACUAUGUUAGAACCGAGGCACUUUAAUCGUCUCGUUACUUCUCUUGUGAGUUCCUUGGAAACCUUGAUAGACCGGGAGCCCAGGAAUGACGCAGGAGCGAUGGCUUUUUGUGGUGUUUUAUCUACUUUGAACGAUAUUAAUGUUUCUGCUGGGAAAAUAGCUCUCGACAAAUUUUACAUAAACAAUUUAAGGGAAAAGAUUGAUAUUGCGAAUGAUUAUGUCCGGUGGUCUUUUAACAACGAAAAUACAGCGGCGUUUUCUUGGUCGAAUUAUCCAUUCAUAAUGAAUGCGGAGGUGAAGUCGAUGCUGCUUCAUUUGGAAGCUAGUGUGCAAAUGGAGAUAUCGAUGUCAGCGGGACAGAUGACUAUGUUUCCAUUUGUUAUGAUGAUUCAGCCGGACCCUUUCUUCACAAUUCGGGUUAAUCGUGAUCGCAUUGUCGAUGACGCCAUGGCUGCUUUAUUGUCGUGUAAAAAUAUCGAUUUAAAGAAACCUCUGAAGGUUACAUUCGUUGGUGAAGAGGGAGAUGACGCUGGCGGUAUUAAGAAAGAAUUUUUCAUGCUUUUAUUCCAGGAACUCUUACAACCGAAAUUCGGCAUGUUUGUGGAGUAUGAGGAAACGCACCUAAUUUGGUUUUCUGGUGUAGAGUCUGACUCACUUAGCUUUAAAUUGACUGGGAUGCUUUGUGCAUUAGCAAUUUACAACAAUGUCCUUGUGGAUUUCCCAUUUCCUUUAGCACUGUAUAAGAAAAUUUUGAAGAAACCGAUCUCACUUGACGAUCUUAGCGAGUUGAGCCCGACGGAGGGGCGAUCCCUGCAAGCACUUUUGGAUUAUGAAGAUGACGAUUUCGAGCAAGUGUUUGGUCUGUCUUUUACUCUAAACCUUUCUCUCCUUGGAGAGUCAAAAGAGGUUGAAUUGAAACCAGAUGGUGCAAACCUCCCAGUUACACAGAGUAACAAAGCGGAGUAUGUGAAGCUGUAUGUUGCAAAAAAAAUGGAAGAGGGAAACGACGGCGAAAUUGCAUCACAAAUAACGUCAUUUGAGGAGGGCUUCCAGUCAGUUAUCCACUCAAAGAUUUUAAAAUUUUUCCAGCCCCAGGAGCUGAUGGAAAUGGUGAUCGGGAACGAAAAUUAUGACUGGACCAUUUUUAGAAAGAAUACUGAUUACAAAGGAGUUUAUCACGCUAAACAUGAAGCGAUCUUAUGUUUCUGGGACGUAUUUUUUGAGUUAAAUCUAGACCAACGAAAGCAGUUUUUGCAAUUCUUAAUGGGUUCAACUCGGGUACCUUUGCAGGGCAUGUCUGCACUCAAGAUGACAAUUCAGCCGUGCGACAGUGCUUCUUUGCCAGUGGCUCACACUUGUUUUAAUCUUCUUGACUUACCAAAUAUGUCGGACCAUAAAGAGAUGAAACGGCGCCUGCUUAUAUGCUUAGACAAUAUUCAGGGGUUCACCUUAGCAUAG